UGGAAUUUGGGUUUUUAUAUUUUCACUCUUUCUUGGUUAUAUAGAUUCCCAUCUGUUUCGGUUCUCAAUGCCGUACGUAUUAUAAUGUACACCCUUUUCUUCUUCUUCUUCUUCUUCUUGUUGUUCUACCCCAUGACAAACAAUGUUUUCUAAAACAUAUAUGUAUAAGUAGAGAUUUGAGCUCUCUUUCCUUCCGUAAUCUUGUUUCAGGUCUGUGAAUUUCGCUCAUUCUCUAAAGCUCAACUCUCUACGAAGGGUUUCAGCCAUGUUUUUUCAUUGUAACGAAGCAUAUUUAGAGCUCUACUAAGAAGAUGGAGAUCAUUUACCAGCCUUAUAUUGAUCCUGAAUACGAAACCCUCAUUGAAAGAAUCUAUCCUCCCAGUUGGUUUUGAUUUUGGAUUUGCAGGGUUUGUAUAGAUAACGAUACAUGCCAAGAUUGCACCAUUAUAAAGGUUGACAGUGCAAACAAGCAUGGGAUUUUGCUAGAGAUGGUCCAGGUCUUGACGGAUCUUGACCUUGUUAUUUCAAAAUCAUAUAUCUCAUCAGACGGUGGAUGGUUCAUGGACGUGUUCCAUGUGACUGACCAACGCGGCGACAAACUCACUGACGAAAGCCUCAUUCUUUAUAUUCAACAGGUACUUUGCGUGAGCAGGAGGGGUAGGAAUGGGAUAGCAAAGGAAGUGAAAGCAUCGUUAGGGAGAGAAAGGCCUGGUCAAACAGACACCGCCUUAGAGAUGACCGGAACGGACCGACCGGGCCUACUUUCCGAGAUUUGCGCUGUUCUCGUUGAGCUGCGUUGUAACAUUACGGCCAUCGUGGCCUGGACCCACAAUACCCGAGCGGCCUGCAUUGUUUACGUUGAAGAUGGGCUUGAAGGUGGUCCCAUUAUGGACCCUAUACGAUUGGGCCACGUUCAGGAGCAGCUGGAGAACGUGCUCGAGGCCCAUCAUGGGAAGGAAGAGAAGAGGAGCGUAAAGUUGACGGCACCGGCGGUGGGAAGGACUCACACGGAGCGCCGGCUUCACCAGCUGAUGUAUUCGGACGGUGAUUACGAACGCUGCCGUGGGUGUGAUGGAGGAGGAGGAGGAGGUGGUGGGGCCGCACAUAAGAAGGGAUGCGAUGGGACCCACGUGAUGAUAGAAAGUUGUGAGGAGAGGGGGUAUUCGGUUGUGAACGUGAGGAGUAGGGACAGGCCGAAGCUGCUGUUUGACACGGUGUGCGCUCUCACUGAUUUGCAGUACGUGGUGUUCCAUGCUGCGGUUGCUUCCAGGGGAAAGUUGGCUAAUCAGGAAUAUUUUAUACGGCACAAAGAUGGGUGCACAUUGGAUACGGAAAACGAAAGGCACAAGCUUAGUCUUUGCUUAAUUGCUGCAAUAGAACGAAGGAUCUCACAUGGAGUGAGGUUGGACCUCCACUCCAAAAACCGAAUAGGAUUGGUAUCGGAUAUCACUCGGGUGUUUCGUGAGAACGGAUUAUCCAUAUCGAGAAUUGAGGUCGCAACUCAAGGGGAUAAAGCAUAUGGAUCAUUCUAUGUUACAGAUGCAUCAGGGCUUAAUGCAAGUCCAACAACAGUGGAGUUGGUGACCAGAGAGAUAGGGGAAUCCAUAAUUGCGGUUCAUAAAUCACCAAGCAGGGUUCCUCAUGAUCAUGGUUCUUCCUCCAGGACAGCUCCGAAAACCAACAGCGCUAGGGUACAACAACAACAACAACAACAACGAGAAGAAGAUAGGCCAAGAUUCUCUAUAGGGAGCUUGCUUUGGUCUCAGCUUGGGCGAUUUUCUAGCAAUUUCGGACCCGUAAGAUCAUGAAUUUGGCCGGUUGACUCUUGGCUGCUCUGCUUUUAAUGUUGUAGCAUUGACUACCUAGUGUAAAUAAUUAAAAUUUGUACAUCAUGGCUCCAUUAGUCUUACUCUUUCAUUUUCUCCA